UCCUGCCCCCCUCCCCGCUUGGCGGCCUGGGAAAAGGCAGCAUAUUGAGGCGCGGGGCUCCCGGCAUCAGGCCCCGGGAUGCUAAUGAGGGCGAGCGCGUUCCCACAGCCCGGACAUUGUGCCGCGCGGCCCACCUGCUCCUUGGGGAGCGCCCAUUGUGCCCGCGCCAAUUCACAGGCAAUUUAGCGUGCGCUAAUGGGCCGGCGCCUUUGUGCGGCCCGCGCGGCCAUUGGUCGUGGAGUGUGGGAACGGCGGCGGCGCCAGGACCCCAGGCGCCAGGCCGUCGCCCGCGCCUAUAUAGGGCGCCGGCGCGCGGGGCCGGUGUCCUCUCCAGCCCGGGACGCGCUUGGCCCUGCCCGCGCCCGCUCGCUUCGUCUUGCCCGGCCUCCCCGCCUUGCCUCCUCGCCUGUUCCGCGCCAGGCAUGGCCCCCAGCACCGUGGCCGUGGAGCUGCUAAGCCCUAAAGAGAAAAACCGACUGCGGAAGCCAGUGGUGGAGAAGAUGCGUCGCGACCGCAUCAACAGCAGCAUCGAGCAGCUGAAGCUGCUGCUGGAGCAGGAGUUCGCGCGGCACCAGCCCAACUCCAAGCUGGAGAAGGCCGACAUCCUGGAGAUGGCUGUCAGCUACCUGAAGCACAGCAAAGGUGAGCGCGCCCGGGCCCCCCGGGCUCCGAGUUCCCACCGCGCCCCGGCUCCCCCGCGCCCCGCCGUCCGCUCACCGCCGCCGCGUCUCCCCGCAGCCUUCGUCGCCGCCGCCGGCCCCAAGAGCCUGCACCAGGACUACAGCGAGGGCUACUCGUGGUGCUUGCAGGAGGCCGUGCAGUUCCUGACGCUCCACGCCGCCAGCGACACACAGAUGAAGCUGCUGUACCACUUCCAGCGGCCCCCGGCCGCGCCCGCCGCGCCCGCCAAGGAGCCCAAGGCGCCGGGCGCCGCGACCCCACCCGCGCUCUCCGCCAAGGCCACCGCCGCCGCCGCCGCCGCGCGCCAGCCCGCCUGCGGCCUCUGGCGGCCCUGGUGACCCGGCGGGACCUGCGGGCGCGCGGCCCGAGGACCGGAGGGCGAGCCUGCUCCUCUCGCCCGUAGGGAAGCGCCUUCCCGCCGUCGUCCGCCCAGGGCUUGGACGCGCCCUUCUUCGGAAGGCUCCAGCCCCAGGCUGGCCGGCCCGCAGGAGCCCCAUUCUCAGAGAAUGUGUGUGCAGAGUCCCUGCCGUUUUAGGACAGUCAGGGCCCAUCUUCUGCCAAGUCUGACCCCAUGGGGUUGUUCUGUGUUUGCAUUUAAGCAAGUGACUUCUGGGAAGUCCCUGGCCGCCCGGGGUUCUAUGAUAUUUGUAGUGCCGGGGUUCGCACGCCGGUGCCCCCAGCCUGUAGAGGACUUUCUUCAGGGCCCGUAGCUGCUGGGCGCACCCCUGGCAGGCGGGCUGUGCCGCGGGCACAUUUGCCUUUUGUGAAGGCCGAACUUGAGCUGUAUCCUCAUAGGAAGCGGUGAUCACCCCGGACGGGCGCCCAGGACCCUGCGGGCUGUGGCCAAAAGGCUCUGAGUGUGCCUGGUGGUCUGGCUGGAGCUCACAGUGGGCUGUCUGGGGAGGGUGGGUGCCUCCACUAUGAUCCUUAAAGGAUUCCUCUGUGUGGGUGGAUGCGUGUGGGCAUGACUGUACUCAGAAAUUGAACUCUCGGUCACGUGGAAGCCACGGGACUGCUCUGAAGCCGCUAAUAAAAUGACUGUUCAGCCCCCCCC